AUGUCAAGCCAGACUCUAUCUGGAAAAGUGGCCAUAGUCACAGGCUCAAGCUCAGGCAUCGGCGCAGCCAUUGUCCGUGAACUAUCCUCCCGCGGAGCAAGUACAGUGGUCAACUACCCCUUCGCCGGCCUAAAGACAGAAGCCGAUGCAGUAGUCUCCUCUCUCCCAUCACCCUCCAUCGCCGUGGAAGCCGACAUGUCCCAAAUCCCUUCACCUCAGAAACUGGUAGAUGCGGCACUAGCCAAAUGGAAUCGCAUCGAUAUUCUGGUUAACUGCGUCGCAUUGGCCGUGAAUAAGCCUCUUGAAGAACAAACCCUCGACGACUGGGAUCUCCUAGUCAAUAUCAACGGACGUGGCACUUUCCUCUUGACCAAGGCUGUCCUGCCCCAUCUUACCAAGGGCAGUGGCCGCAUUGUGAAUAUUGCGAGUAUCUCGGCUCGUGGGCCACCGCCUAAUCAGACGAUCUAUGCGGGGACGAAGGGGAUGGUGGAUUCAUUUACAAAGUGUUGGGCCAAGGAGCUUCCUCCAAAAUAUGGAUGUACUGUUAAUGCGGUCAGCCCUGGUCCCACCAUGACGGAAGGCUUUGCUGCGGCUGGUGAGGAGCAGAUGAAGAUUCUCCAGCCGAUUAUUGAUCAGACGCCUGUGGGCCCUCGGAUGGGGCAGCCGGAUGAAAUUGCGUAUGCUGUUGCGUUCCUGUGUGAGGAGCGGGCGCGGUGGAUUAAUGGAACACAUAUCAUUGCUUCGGGAGGAUUGUUUAUUGAUUAG